AUGUUCUCCUGCAACACCAGCACUUCUGCACACUCUACAUUCCUCCUUACUGGCUUUCCAGGCCUGGAGGCUUCUCAUCACUGGGUGUCCAUCCCCAUCAACUUAAUCUGUGUGGUUUCCAUCCUGGGCAACAGUAUCAUCCUCUUCCUGAUCCGCACAGACCCAGCCUUGCACGAACCCAUGUACAUCUUCCUGUCCAUGCUGGCAGCAUCUGAUCUGGGCCUCUGUGCCUCAACCUUCCCCACCAUGGUGCGGCUCUUCUGGCUAGGUGCUCGUGAACUGCCCUUUGACCUCUGUGCAGCACAGAUGUUCUUCAUUCAUGCCUUCACCUAUGUGGAAUCCGGUGUGCUGCUGGCCAUGGCUUUUGAUCGGAUUGUUGCCAUCCGGAAUCCUCUGCAGUAUGCCACCAUCCUUACCCACUCAGCCAUGGCCAAAAUGGGGGCUGCUGUUCUACUGAGAGCUGUCCUGCUCAACCUCCCGGGACCCAUCCUCCUGCGGCGCCUGCUCUUUCCUCAGUUCAGCGUACUCUCACACUGCUACUGUCUGCACUGUGACCUGGUGGGACUGGCCUGCUCAGACACCCGGGUCAACAGUCUGGUUGGUCUGGUCUCCAUCCUUUUUUCACUCGGCCUUGACUCCUCCCUUAUCAUGCUCUCAUACGCGUUGAUCCUCCGCACUGUGGUAGGCAUCGCGUCCCCUGGGGAAAGGCUCAAGGCACUCAAUACGUGUGUCUCACACCUCUGCAUUGUUCUCAUCUUCUAUUUGCCCAAAUUGGGGCUCUCCGUGUUGCACCGAGUAGAGAAGCACAGCUACCCUGCGCUAGCCGUGCUCAUGGCCAACCUGCACUUCUUGGUCCCGCCCUUCAUGAACCCCAUUGUUUACUGCAUCAAGUCUAAGCAGAUCCGCCAGGGCCUCCUGAAGCGCUUCCAUCAGAAGAGGGUUGAUACCACCUAG